CCCGCCCCCUGCCUUCUAACUCCUUGUGCUAUAGCCGCCCUUCUCGAAAGAGGAGGUGGCUGCUGGUUUCAGCAGUGGCUCUUGCUGCACUAUACGUUUCCUUCCUGCUUUCCCGGCUCUAGUCGAGCUCAAAGCUCCCUUUACCAGUGCCCAAUGGCUUUGCAUUGCAGGCGGUGGCCGGCCGUCCCGGAGCUCCAUUGAGAGCCUCUUCCCCGCAUCUUCCCCCCCAGCCACAAUGAAGUCGCUCAUGCGGAGGCUGCUGCGAGUCUCUAACCGAUCCAUAUUCGCCUUCAUCUUCUUCUUCUCCCUGUCAUCAUCGUGCCUCUACUUCAUCUAUGUGGCCCCCGGCAUUGCAAAUACCUAUCUCUUUAUGGUACAAGCUCAAGGAAUUAUGCUGAGAGACAAUGUUCGGACCAUCGGGCACAUGAUCAGACAGUACACUAACAAAAAUACCACACUAAAUGGAACAGAUUUUCCUGACGGUACCAAUUCCACAGAAUUCACUGCUCAGUCAUCAGUGUAUCUCCCUGAAAACUUUACUUUUUCACAGGAUCUUCCUUGUCCCGAAAAGCUGCCUUUUAUGCGAGGGCAAACAAGUGUGAACAUGAGUGAAAUCGGUUUAGAAGAAGUAUAUCAACUUUUAUCCCAGGAUACAGACAUUGGGCGAGGAGGACACUGGAAACCAAACGACUGCAUUCCCCGAUGGAAGUUGGCCAUUCUUAUUCCAUUUCGCAACCGCCAUGAACACCUUCCUAUUUUAUUCAGACAUCUGAUACCCAUGUUGCAGAAACAGCGAUUGGAAUUUGCCUUCUAUGUUAUUGAACAGGCAGGUACUCAAACAUUCAACCGGGCAAUGCUGUUUAACAUUGGGUUUAAAGAAGCUAUGAAAGACAGAAGAUGGGACUGUGUCAUUUUCCAUGAUGUGGAUCAUAUUCCAGAGAAUGAUCGUAAUUAUUAUGGUUGUGGUGAGAUGCCACGUCACUUUGCUGCGAAACUUGACAAGUACAUGUACAUCCUGCCAUACGAGGAGUUUUUUGGAGGUGUAAGUGGCCUAACAGUUGAACAAUUUACGAAAAUCAAUGGUUUUCCAAAUGCAUUCUGGGGAUGGGGAGGAGAAGAUGAUGAUCUAUGGAACAGGGUCCACUAUGCUGGAUAUAAUGUUUCUAGGCCAGAAGGAGACAUCGGGAAAUACAAGUCAAUCCAACAUCAUCACAGAGGAGAAGUUCAGUUCUUAGGCCGGUAUAAAUUAUUGCGCUACUCUAAAGAACGGCAGUAUCUAGAUGGGCUGAGCAAUUUGAUCUAUGCGCCAAAUAUCUUUAUUGACCAUCUAUAUAAGAAUAUAACUGUGCAUCUUGUGCCUGAACUGGCGCCAGUGAAAGACUACUGAUGUAUGCAAACUGUACGAAUACGACCGACGGGAGAAUUAACUUAAAGAAGUCCAGGCCCUCCUUUUUAGUCCUGGUGGCUUAUAUGAAAGUCCACCAUUCUGAAUGUAUGACCAGGCAUUACUCUCCAACCCCAGCAGCUGCUAUAUCCAUGUUUACAGCAGAAGACGUCUCACAGCGCAAGCUUCGUCCCACCAAUCGUUUCAUUCGAAAAAAGCGAUUAAACUGAAAAGAUGCGACUUUGGUCUGAGCAACGGUUAUUUUUAUUUUCUGCCCCAGCACCGACCAACUGUAACAUAAGUUAUAAUUAUUGCUUCACUUUUUUUUUAUUUUUUUUGGUUGAUGACUUGAAGUUUUUUUUUCAUUGCCCAAUUGUAUAGAUUUUGUAUAUAUCCGUGUUUUUGUAUAUUGGCUAUAUUUGUGUGUAUGUAUAUAUGAAUAUAUAGAUAAUUUGAGUCCUGCACACCUAGAAAGUCUUGUACAAGAGCUUAGGUACACCCAAUGAUUUUUAAGGACCAUUUUCUACAUGUAUUUUUUUUUUUUUGUAUAUGUGUAUGAAUGAUAUAUGUAUGUUUAUAUACAUAUUGACUACUCCGACAUAUGAGAUGUAUGAUAUAUACAUGUAUAUGUAGACUUUUUUUGGGGGGGGGGGGCAUAUUUAUUUUGAUGCACACGUUUUCAUUGUUUGCAUGAUACUCAACAUGUAAAUAUAUUACAGUUUUAAAUAGUGCUUCUAGUUAGUAUCCAAUUUAACUGCUAAUUACAAAAGGCCAGCUAUGAUUGUAAACUAUUGGUUUGUGAGCUUAAGGCCUACUAUGAAUGGGUUAAUCUCUCUAUUGGAACUAGUGCAUCUUGGCCUUAAUCAUACGGAUUGCCUUGUAAUGGAACUCCCUAUAACAUUUGUAAUACUGAUUUAGUCUGUGGCAUUUCUAUCAUACAGUGUAUGGCAAGAUAAAUAUCAUAGUCUAAAUGCUC